UUCAGUUUUUGGAACAUGUUUUAUUGGAGACUUUCUCAAUCUCUCAUUCUAAUUUAGAUGACGUUAAGAAAGUAGUGUGGAACAAAGUACGGGAUGUUACUAUUUUUAGUAUGUUUUCUCGAUGGACAAAGUAUGUGAGAGGUGAUGGUGUUGCCGAAAUGGUUCAAUAUGGCUUUGCACAACUAGACAGUAUUGAUGGUCCAGCAAAUUCAACUAUGUUCCAAAAGGAUGCUAUCACAGUAUGCAUAGCAGAACUGCUUCCCAUCUUGGCAUUUAUAGAAUAUGUGAAAGAGAAUCCUAACAAUACUCCUGAAGUAAUCGAAAGUCAUCUUUUGCAAAAUCUAUGUUCUGUGCACUACAAUGCAUCAUGUGCUGGUUAUCUUUUUGAGCCUUAUUUAACUAUACCACUUGCUAAAUUGUUUAAUGGAAAAAGUUGCAAAAACCAUCCUUUAUUUGCCAACAUUUCCAAUAUUGAGAAACGAGAUUUGCUCUCUUAUAAUGCAACAAUUCGCAAUCUUAACCAUGACUUAACUAAACUUUGCUCAAAUGGUGAUAUAAAUACAUUUAAUUUAGUCCAUUUUCUUAAUAAUCCAACUACUGCUUUUUUCAUGCCAGAACGGAAUGCUGGACCAGAUUUAGUAUGCAUUGUUGAAUUCCAUUCCCAAAUGGCAUUAUUGAA